AUGCAGAAUCGUUUAAAGGAUACUGCAUAUGCAAAGAUGAUAUAUGAAAGCAAUUAUGAAAAUUUAUUUGAAUGAACCUCCAUAGGAAGUAUAUCUACUUAUAGAGAAUAUAAACAUUCUACUGGUUUUUGAAUUCUAUAACAAAAUAAAAAAUAGCAAAAUGCUAGUCUAUAGAAAUGAUUUUAUUCAUUGCAUUAGGUAUACAAAUUUUCAAUAUUUCUGAAUUUUACGGUUCAGAGCCAGUUAUAAUGGAAGAGGCUGCGUGUUUUUUUCUUGGGAAUAUUUAUUUUUCAUAGGUUUUUCUUGUCAGACAUUUGCUCGAAAAAUAAUUCUUUUUGCCUACAAUCAAAAGACCUGCUACGAUGGAAGUAUUUAUUUCAUCCUAUAUGAGGAUUUAUUCAGGUUUGAUCUUAAAGCCAAAAAACUAGAAGAGACAAGUCACAUUGAGCAUGAAAUAAAUGAAUAA